UUCACCCAACAAGUGACUUAUAAAAAUAAAUAAAUAAAUAAAUAAACUUCCUUUUAUUUUUAAUUGAACUUUGGCCCAAACUCUGCUGGAAUCGGUCCAGACGUCAAACAGCGUGUUGCAACAGUCUGCUUCUCAUUUUGUCUGUUAAUCUGCAGGAGUAAAUUCGCUCUGUUAUCCAGCUGAGCUUCACAAGACAAAACCAGACUGUAUCAAUAGAGUCUAAAGCACCUGGCUGAUAAACUGGUUGCUCCACCUAUCAUUCUUAAGAGAGUGAACGUCACAUAUAAAAGGCACCUUUGUCUUUUUUUUCUUUUUCUUUUUCUUUUUUUUUUUUAAAGGUGAAAUGACCCAAAUACUUUGAAAGGAAACGUCUUCUCUUUGGCCGUGUGGGCGGGAGUUGGAUUUCAGGACCAACCCCUCCCUUUUGGAGCCUCACUAGCUGCAGUCCAGCGCAGUCAGUCUGUGGAUCGCAUGUGUAUACUUUGGUUUAAGCCUCUAGCUUCUCUGGCAGACUAUGAGUGUAGACGCCAUCAAUGAAGAACCGACACACAACUGGGAAACUUUCACUGCUUGUCAACACUUUUCUCAAAGGUCACUGACCUCUGGAAAGCAAUUAAUCCGGUUUGACUCCUAUUUGUCAAUGACGGGACCUUUUCAUGAAUUGGAGGAGCGUUUGUACCAAGUAAUGAGAUGGCCGAGGUGUACAAACUCUACAUGGGAAUAAUAACAGCUUUGGCCCUAUGCAAAUAUUCCUUGGCAGAAUGGAAUUCCACCGAUGGGUCGACCAAUCAAACGGUGUCUCCCUGUCAUCUCCAUGGCGACCGGGACAACUGCACAGGUAAAGAGGAUACAGGAGACUGGACCGGACACUUCUCCAGAUGCCCUGAGGAGUUGACUUUUUACUGUGUUCAUGGAGAAUGUCGUUACAUAGAGGAGCAGAAGGCGCCUUCCUGCAGGUGUCAGGGUGGUUUCUCCGGAUCCAGGUGUGAAUAUGUGGACCUGGACACGCACACAGGAGAAAGGAGACGACGACUCAUAAUAGGCUGCACCAUCGCAGUGCUCGCGUUCCUCAUAGUUCUCAUUCUGAGCAUCUGCAUUUGUUCAAAUCGCAGAUUCAGAUUGUGGUGGCGGAGUAGGAGGAGGAGGAGAAGGGGAGAAGAGCCAAAGAAGGAGACGGAAAAGCUCAAAAUGAUGGAAGCGAGUGCAGCGAGUGCAGCGGACUCCACGGAGACGACGCACAUCAACUCUGUGUGACAACUCCGUGGGAGUUCAUUGGUGUAAAGUGGCGCUGCAGCUAGCAGGUAGUUACAGGACGUCCUUGGAUGACCCAAAUGGAGGAACACUUGGAGAUUUCUAGCUGCUUUCCUCCUAAAUCUUCAAAACUGCCUCAGAAAAAAAAAGAAAGGACUUAUGAUAAAUUAGGGAGUCUGCAGAAAUGCUGCAGAGCAACAGAUGCACUCACUAAGCACUGGCGGCCUCAUGGCACCAAAAAAGUUGUUGCUAUGUUGGAAAACGCCGAGGCACCAGCUGGCAGCUCGUGAUAGCACAGUCUGCUUGUUGUGUGGGAGACACAUUUACUCUGUAAAGCAAAGGAACUGUUUGGAAACGCGACACUCCAUCUUUACUCACGGGAAAGGAUUUUUAUGAAUCAGCAUCUGUGUAAUCUUCUGUUCUCACUUUAGUGCCAUUUCAUAGUGUUACAGUUCCUGCACCAACAAAUCAGCUGCUUCAUUUUUUCUUCCAAGGACAAGUUACAAAUGCUUCACCAGCAAUGCAAAAACGUUCAACCCUAAUGUUUAAAGCGAACUGCAGGGUUGUCAGAGGACAAGAAGAACUUGUGCUGGAGGCUUGUUUGGUCUGUAUAUUUGGAGCUGCCGAGUCCGAACAGCUGAGUCUGUGUGUGGGGGCUGAAAGCGCCCCACUGUGUGAGAGUUUUCCAAAUGCAGAGACCUGAAGUCAGUUCAGUCUGCUCCUGCUGUUUGUGUCACUCAUUGCAAUAAAACUCUUCGUUUAAACGAUUUCAUCUACUUUGUCCAUUAGAUUUGCUUAAUUUCAAUAGAAUAAAAGAAAUAACUUAUAAGAGAGAUAAAGUUGGAAAAAAAGUAAAACUUUUUAAACUUUCUUUCUGUAUUUUAAGCACU